UCAAGCUUUCACAAUAUAGCGUCGCUUACUUCGGCGUUACUAUAGUACAAGGGUCUUGGGCUUAGUUAGGCUCGCUCGCUGUGUCCACAAGAGAAAGUUGCACACAAUUUUUAAGAGACGCACUGAUUUAUCCUACUACGUACGCACUGCUUUCUGAGCCGUUGUGCAAGUAUUGGUCUCUCAACCGGGCAUUUAUAUCGGCCACUUGCAGAAAGUUUGUACAUAGAAUUUGACAGGAGCUGCAAAGCGGCCAUUUUAAGUACCUUUCAACAGACAGAAUACAACCUGCCCGUUGUUUCACUCUAGGUUUAAGGCCAACAACGUUACCAACUGAGUAUUGCUUGAGUGACCACUACCGGACAUACUGACCAUGGCAGACACAGGGGGACAAGCGACCACCACCACUACCACCACUACGACAGGUUCCUCUGGCACUACAUUUAACAUAGACUAUGUCAAGAGUCCUUUUGGUAUCGUAAAGCUUUUGGAACUGAUCAUCGGCAUUAUCUGCAUUGGUUGUGUUGGUGGAUACAGCACCUACCCACCUACCCAGUGGUUCAUGUUUGUAGCGUGUUCAUGCUUCUUAGUUACCCUUGCACUGCUAAUCAUCUUCUUAUUGAGCCUGGACACCAAAUUGAGCCUCCCAUGGCCGUUUGUGGAGCUUAUCUACGGUUUUGUAGCCAGUGUGUUGUACCUGAUUGCAGCCAUUGUGUUAGCGGUGUUUACGAAUGGAAUUGCAGCACUCGUUGCUGGCACAGUGUUUGCCUUCUUCAACUUGAUCGUGUAUGCAGUGGGGACUUUCCUAAGCUUCCAGGACUGGAGAGGAGGGUCCCCUGGGAACGUUGCAUAGUUACCGAUGUCUAUGUAAAACAUUACAUACUUCAUGGGAUUUUAGUACGUUUUGUCAGACAGAAUUUGAUCCAAUUUGUGGCGCUACACUUGAAGCCUACAAUUUGUCUUUGGAUUGCAAAGAACGAAAAGGUACACUAUACAGUAGUAGUGCUUUUACCCGCGAAGCACUACUUAUAGGCAUUUUGAAUAAUGAUGGAACACUUUGCUGGUGCCCCCCCCCCCCAA